CUGGGAUUCAGAAGGCCAGCUUGCAUCCAGCCUCGUGACGUGACCUGAGGAAUCCAAUUACGUUUGUCAAGUUCCUUCAUCUUAUGACUCUUUCUGCGACCUUUACCCCGUACUUCUGAGUCAACUGGUCCAGAUGCAAUGGGGGAGAAAGUUCCAUGUAAACUUUAUAUGGCAAAGUCCAUAAAUGAUCUUAAUGACCGUGUUAAGGACAUUCCCAAUGCUCCGCCAAGACUAUUGGUUAAGAGUGCCCAAAAAAUCCUUAGUGAAGCCCAGUUGGCUGAUAGAAGUAGAGAUGAGGAGAAAGCAUAUAUAUUAUUCAUGAGAUAUUUCUCUAUUGUGCAGGCUAUCCAAAACCACCAGGACUAUAAGAAUUCAAAGAAGUAUUAUGAUGGGCUAUUAGACCCAAAGAUGACAUUCAAGGUUAUCGAUCGUGCAGAAGAACUACAGAAAAGUCUAAAGAGACGAUAUGAAAGCAAGUCUAGUGCCUUAAUACAGAAAAAGCAAGAAGAGGAAAAGAAAGCAGCAGAGAAAAGCCAGCAAGCUGAAAAGGAAAAGCAAGCAAAGAAGAUCACUGAAACAUCCAAAACCCCAUCAUCACCUACAGCUAAUGGGUUGCUAGUGGAAGAAGGUUGUAUAUCAUGCAAGAAACUUUACUCCCUCAUAAAGGAAAGGUGCUCCUCCUAUCUCAUCCUUGAUGCAAGACCCAGAGAGGACUUUCUGGAAUCCCAAAUGAAGGUGUCUAAUGUGAUGAAUAUUCCUGAAGAAAUAUUGAAACCAGGGUUAACAGCUGGAAGAAUAGGUAGUGAGCUAGAUGAUAGUGCACGGAACGUUUGGGUCACACUGCGUCACAAAGUAGAUUUCCUCAUACUUGUGGACUGGGUGACAGAACAACCCCCUCUGCCAGCUCCUCUCAGGUGCCUCAUAGAUGCUAUGGUGAAGUGGGAUCCAGGCAAAGAGUACAAGAGCCAGCCAUGGGUGCUACAAGGUGGAUAUGAUAUGUGGCGUCUCAUGUAUCCGAUGCAUACCACCAACCCCACAGUGGAGAGACGAGCCUCGUCCACCACCCCAAAGAUAGACCAAGAUUCACUUAAUUUUGAAUAUCCAGAUCUGGAUAAUGCCUUCCUAUUAACUCCGUCCCCGAGUCCACACGGUAAGCCUCAGACUGCUCCGGGAAAGACUCCAGGUCCAGCCCCAAGUGUCAUACGUGACCUAAAACCUUCUAAUCUAGAUAAAGAGAUGAUGAUGGACGGCAAGAACAACAAUGAUGCCUACAUCAGCAAUAACCAAGUAUUUAAUAAUCUUGCCAAGCCUGAGGACAGCCCUGUCAAGGCAGCAAUAGGCUCGAAUGUCAACACCUGGGAGACCAAAGACUCCAACAAGUCAUUUGAUGUCCAGAGAAGCAGACAGACCCCAUCAGACAAAUUUGACAGCCUGCCCUCCAUCCCCAGUCGAGCACUCAAGCCCAAGGAUUUGUUGGAAAGCCUAAGGAGGAAGCAAGAUGAAUUGGAAGAAGAGCAGGUUUUGCUUGAAGAGUCUGUGAAAGUGGAACAGGAUACAUUGAAAAAGAUAGAAGAGAUGGAGGAGACUGCAACAGCCCUGGAAAGGACACAGGAUGAAGAGAGCCGCAAACUUUUGAAACAGACUGAGGAUAGGCUACAGGAGGAAAUUAAGAAACUGCAGAUAAAGAGUACAGAAAUGGAAAGUCAGUAUAACAAGGUUCACAAGCAGAAUGAAGAAUUAUGGAAAAUGGUCAACUUAGCAUUAUCAGGCCAGUUAGGAAAUCUCAAUUUGGGACCUUCACCCAAGCCAGAACAGAUCACAGAAGCCCUUCGACAACAGCAGGAGCAAGAGCAACUACGCAAGCAAGAAGACAAGAGGAAAGCUUUGAAGGAACAGAUAGAACGUAUGCGCAAGGAGAGGAAGGAUAAGGAGAAGCUAAGGGAACAGUUAGAAAAUGAAAAGAAGGCACGAGAAAAGGCAGAAAUGGAGAGGCGACAGGCGGAGGAGCGCAAGGCCAGAAUUGAAUCAGAAAUGAGAUCUCACAGACCUAAAGGAAGCAGUGGAGAUACAUAUACCACAAAGCUAAGAAGUUCACCCAGAUCAUCUCCUGUAAGAGGUGGAUCCAACCUGAAAAGAUCUCACUCAGCAUUUAAUUUGUCACAGCUUGGAGAAGAUGAGGACAAGCCCCUUACUGGAACCAAUAUGCCUAGUUUUGAUCGAGGUCUCAAACCUCUAAAUACCCCCCAGAGACGUAAUAUUAAUGCUGCUCGACAACGGAACUUUGAGCCGAAAUAUGGCAGUGUGGGUCUAGCAAGGACAGGAUUAAAGAAUUUGGGCAAUACCUGCUACAUGAAUUCAAUUGUGCAAUGUCUGAAUAACACAACACCUCUUGUCAAGUACUUCAUAGAGGGCACAUACAGUGAUGAUAUCAACUCUACAAGUAAAUUUCGUGGAGAAGUUGCAGAGGAGUUUGGAGCUGUCAUCAGAGCACUCUGGUGUGGACAGUACAGGUCCAUAGCAAUGUGGGACUUGAAGAACACGGUUGGGAGAUACCAUAAACCAUUCCAGGGCUAUGACCAACAUGACUCUCAUGAGUUUCUGAUUAAGCUCAUGGACUGGGUACAUGAGGACCUCAACAAGAUCACUGGAAAGAAGCCUCCCAUGAAGGAGCAAAAUCACGACAACCUUCCAGAUUAUGUUGCUGCAGAUAAGGUGAUGGAGGAAAUCAGACGGCGGGACCAGUCCAUUGUCCAAACCCUCUUCCAUGGACUCCACCGCUCCACCAUUGAGUGCAGUGUGUGUGGCCACAGGUCCCUCACCUUUGAACCCUUCUCUAUCAUAUCCUUGUCAUUCCCAUCACAUGGAAGGUGUUCUCUCAAGGAUAUGUUUCAUCAUUACUACAAGGAAACAAAUCUUGAAUAUAAAUGCUGCAAGUGUAAAAAGAUGCGCAACUGUCUACGCAAACUGGAUAUAUGGAAACUACCUCCGAUAUUAAUCUUACAUCUCAAUAGGUUUGAGCAUGAUGUUUUAAUGAAGAAGACUCAGAGUUAUGUGGACUUCCCUUUAGAAAAUCUUGAUCUUACUAAAUAUGUGGCUGCAACAAACAGAUACACAAGCUUCGACUUGUAUGGAGUUUCAAACCAUUAUGGAACUAUGGAUGGAGGUCAUUAUACAGGUUUCUGCAAGUCCUCAAUUACCAAAACGUGGUACAAAUUUGAUGACCAUGAGGUUUAUGAAUUGUCGAGAGAGAGUGUCAGAUCAUCUGCUGCAUAUAUUUUAUUUUAUGAAGCAAGUAAUAUGAGUAUUAAAGUCAACAGCUUAAUAUAAGCAGUUAUAUUGUGUAUAUAUAUUCCAUAUCAUACGAGUCACAGGGGUGAAAUAAAGUUUAUAUAUUGUCUAUAUCAUUUUGCUAUAUAAUGGUAUGUAUAAUGAUAUGUAUGUAAAUCUUUAUAUGUAAAAAUGAAUAUACAUUGGCCAGAUACUUGUCCUUGGCAUAGGCUAUAUAGUUAUACUCAUAAUAGAGAAAUACAUCGUUA